CACCGUUCUGCACUCCUGCGUGCUCCCGAGUUCUCACAACACCAUCGUGGCCAUAUCAAAAUCUGAGCCUUUUGAUACAGAAAUUUCGCGGCCACUGCUUUUCUAUUAUCGUAUACGGUCGUAUGCGCCUUUCGCCAAAUCCGAAUGCCAUGUAUCGCACGUUUGGCGAGCACUGAUCAUUGUAAUAGCUGGAUGAUCGUGAGUUGAAGUGCCGUUGAUGACCCAAGCCCGGCUGUCCGCCGAUCAUUCGCUAUUAAACUCACCUCUCUGAAGGCUCCCACGAUAAGCACUGGCAGAUUAGUCGCACUUUUACAUACAGACUGCGGGAGAGGAACUAUGUAGUUGCGAUGGUUGCGAGCGCAGCGACUGAUAUGACUGGAUCUAUAUAUCAUGAGCGACAAGUGAAGGAGCUGUGCGCGCUACACGCGUUGAACAACCUGUUCCAAGAGCGUGGGUUCAGCAAGCAGGAAUUGGAUCAGAUCUGUUACAGUCUAAGUCCCGACGUGUGGAUCAAUCCUCACAAAUCGCUGCUAGGACUUGGCAACUAUGACAUUAACGUUAUCAUGGCCGCUCUCCAGAGAAGAGGACGCGAAGCUGUAUGGUUCGACAAACGUAGGGAUCCCAAGUGUCUUCGUUUAGACAACAUCGAGGGUUUUAUACUUAACGUCCCGACCGAAUACAAACUAGGCUUUGUGCUACUUCCUCUGAAACGACGCCAUUGGAUUGCUCUGAAAAAGAUACACGGUGCCUUUUAUAAUCUUGAUUCAAAACUGGACUCGCCGCAACUAAUAGGAAAGGACAACGAUUUACUCGCAUAUCUAAAGGAUCAGAUAGAUAGCAAGGAGAAGGAACUGUUCCUCGUUGUUUCCAGAGAAAUCGACAGCAAUCAGGGAUGGUUGAUGGAUACGUGCGAAAAUAAAGACGACAAUAACGUGGAUCACGAUUCCAUUAGAUAUAUCGAGGAUGGAUAUCCGGAUAUAGAACUGAAAAAGUCCGAGUCCAAGGAGAUGAAUGAGAACGAGGAAUUCCUGGAUAACAAGAAUUCUAGAUAAUUGGGGCCACACGCGCCAUGCUCCACUCGACUAUUUAUUUAUUCAUUCCCCUGUUGCAAUUUUAAAGAAGGGUGAUUAUGGUCGUCGCAAGGUAACGGACUGGAGUUACGUAGGGACAAAGAGAGAACAAAGAAACGAUGGAGAUUACACAUAAUAAAUGUCUCACCGAGCAUUUCUCAAUGCUUUUAUUUAUAUCUAUGUGUUAACACGAACGUGGUAUUUUUAUUUAUUUAUUUAAUUAGAGAAAGUCAUUCGUAUAUUAUAUACUAUUUAUAAUAUAUUAUGCGCAACAGCGCAUUUUAAGAAGCAACGUAUGUAAGAUAUAUAGUGUUGUAUUUAAAAUGGAAAUAUUGCUUUAUGAAAAGUUAACGUGCAUAAGAAGAGAACUCGUAUUUAAGCAACAGCUACUCAUAUGAAAGGGUAUAAAUGUGUGUACAUCUACCGUGAUAUUAUUUAUAUGUGAUAAUCAUAUCUGUCAUUUUAAAAAGCUUGUAUAAAUAAACACACUUGUAAUAUGAAAUUGUUACGAUACAUCCUAAGUACAAUCUCACAAUUCUCUUUUACACAAAUAAAUAUUGCCGUUUCGUAAUGUAA